AUGGAAUUGUAUCAAAUUAUUUCUGUGAACGAACCACAACAAUAUUUGAUGUUGAAUGCAUGGGUUGUAGAGCGAUGGACAGAUCAUUUACUUGGAUGGGACCCUGAAAAAUUUGGAAAUGUAACGGAAAUCAUGUUGCCUCAUCAUAAUAUAUGGCUGCCGGAUACAACUUUGUAUAAUUCUUUGGUGAUGAAAGACGACGAAAAUCGUCGCCUUCUUCAUGCCAAAGUGACAACACUUGGCGAUGGAAAUGGUGCAUUUAUCGAGUUGUUAUAUCCAACAAUUUAUAAAUUAUCUUGUCUUUUGAAUCUUCGAUUCUUUCCGUUUGAUGUGCAGUCUUGUCGUCUUCUAUUUGGCAGUUGGACAUUCGAUAACACCAAAAUUGAUUAUUUUGCAUUUAAUGAGAGUCAAGCGAUUGGAACUACAAAUUGCAUUGAAAAUGAGGGAUGGAAUGUGUUAUCGACUAGUGUAAUCCGACACGAGAAUAAGUAUGACUGUUGUCCAAACAACUAUACACUCACAUCCUCCAUAAACGAGCCUCGCGAGGAAAAAAUCACUCUCGGCAUCACCACCCUUCUCUCAAUGUCAAUUUUAAUUUUUAUGGUUUCCGACAAAAUGCCCUCAACGUCUUCAUUCAUUCCCCUUAUCGGUCUCUUCUACACUUCAAUGAUUCUCCUGAUCUCAUUCUCAACAAUCUGCUCCUCAGUAGUUAUUUAUGUUCAAAAACAAGGAAAUAUUGGGAACCCACCAUCAAAAAGUUUAAUGAAUAUCGCGAGAGCUGUCAAUCGAUUCAUUCGAAUGGAGAUGCCAUUAAUCAUGAAACAGGCGUACGCUCAGAAAGCCAGAGAAGAGAAAUUGAGGCGGCAACAAAUGGGACGGAAGCAGAGUUUAUGGACCAGGGUUUAUAAAUUGGCAAGGGAGCAAGCAUUGAGAAAGGACGUUCAGACGUCUCAAAACUCGGGAAAAUUCAACGAGGUGCUGACGCCCGAGAAGCUGAUUGAUAACGGUGGAAAGCGGUGCACAAUCAAUAAGGAUGUCACUUGUAUCAGCGACUCGGGAAUCGUUGCAAUGGGCGUUCCCACGUUGGCUUCAGAAGACGAGGAUCAGGACGUUUCACUUUUGGAAUUGGAAACCACGCCCACUCCAGCGAUGCAACGACCCACACGUCUUCAUAAGGCUUCCACUUGUGGCAGUUUUGAUUCUAUGAUGUUUCGGCAGAUUGAAGUACCCGUCUCCCCACGGACCGCCCGAAAUCUGGCCGAAAUCGAGUACGACUGGUUGGCGGCACUUCUGGAGCGCAUUUUUCUCAUCACGUUCUUGUUCAUCUUCGUUUUAACCUCCAUCGGAAUCAAUUUAAUUGGUUUUUUCUACUGGUGGAUGGCUCCGGAUACAGUAAGAGUCUGA